GGAGGACUGACGGAGGAGGAGCAAGGGGAAGGAUGAGGAGCUGAAAAGGAGGAGUGACACUGAGAGGCUGAUCACAGAUCAGCUGAGAGCCUCAGAGGACACAAGUCAUGCAGUCCAUUCAGAGUUUAAAGGUGCUGUUUCUCCCUCUGCUGCUGCUGGACGUGAUGAAGAUGAGCUCAGCUGCACCACAGCAGAACUUCUGCCACAACUCGACGGUGCUGAGGACUCGGACGGCGUGUCACUCCUGCAGCAUCAGCAUGCUGAUCCCCUGUCCGUCAGGAUACAAACAGACGCCCAGAUCCACGGCCCAGGACUGCAAGUACAACAUCAGGACUGCCAGCAUGAAGCUGGCCUUCAGCGGCUGCUCCUUUGAGUGCUACAGGGAGGUGGAGGUGAGGAGCUGCUGUCCAGGCUACUGGGGUCCAGACUGCAUGGAGUGUCCCGAUCGGGCCGACGUGCCCUGCAGCAACAGAGGGGUGUGUUCUGACGGACUGGGAGGAAAUGGAACCUGCAGCUGUCAGGUGGGCUUUGCAGGGACAGCCUGUGAGGACUGUGCCCCUGGUCAAUACGGUCCCACCUGCAGUUCAGUGUGCUCGUGUGUCCACGGUCUGUGUGACUCAGGGUUAAAAGGUUCUGGGAGCUGCAUCUGUUUCUCUGGAUACAAGGGUCCCAAGUGUGAUCAAGAGCUACCUGAGUGUGCGGCUCUCGGCUGUCAGCAGAACUCUCGCUGUAUGGAAGAAGCUCUGACGGGGCAGCUGGUGUGUCAGUGUCUGCCUGGUUACCAGAAGUCCGGAGCUCAGUGUCUGUCCAUAAACCCUUGUCUCCAGCGGGUCUGUCACGCCCAGGCCACCUGCGUCCAUACCGGUCCAAACCAGCACCUCUGUGCCUGUAACGAGGGAUACAGCGGGGACGGACGGGUCUGCAUGGCCAUCGAUUCGUGUCAGACCAAAUCGGGAGGCUGCUCGUCUGAUUCUGCACGCUGUGUCUAUGACGGACCAGGAAAGUCUCACUGUGAGUGUCUCCCUGGUUUUGACCACCUGUUGAACGGCCGCUGCAGCCUGAAGGAUUCCUGUCGACCCGAUUCCUGUCACAAGGACGCCAACUGCACCACGGUGGGACCAGGACGAGUCGAGUGCACCUGUCUCCAGGGUUACCUCGGUAACGGUAAAGUUUGCUAUGGAAACAUCAUUCAGCGCCUGAGAGACCUGAACACAGAACCCGGAGGCCAGUGGACCGGUCAGCUGAGCAAUGCCAUCACUCUGUUCAGUUCUCUUUCGUGGCCUCUGCAGAAUUUGGGUCCUUUCACUCUUUUUGUCCCAAUCAACAAAGGCUUCAGAGGAACUCCAGUGAGGAGUCUGACAGCGGACUUGUCCAAAGCUAAGUACCUGUGUAAGAUGCACCUGGUAGCCGGGGUGAUGCCCUUUGACACGCUGAAGAAAACGGACGUCUUUUACACUCUGACUGGAAAAUCAGCCGAGACUGACACGUCAGAGGGGGACAGUCAAACUAAAAUCCGUAUCCACGGCAGCAGGAAGAAAGCUGUGAUCGUCCAGCCUGAUGUCGUGGCAUCAAAUGGAAUGAUUCACAUCAUCAGUAAGCUGAUGGACAGCGUUUCACCCACUGUGGAGAGUGACACGCAGGAGAACAUGAUGAAGAUCAUUUCUGACUACGGCAAGUUUGACAAGUUCAAAUCUUUAUUGGAGAAAGCUGACCUGGUGUCAGUUCUGGACCAUCCUGGUCCAGUCACCGUCUUUGGUCCCGUCAGUUCAGCCUUUGAUGCGAUGACUGAGGGACACCUGGAGUACCUGAGCAGUGCUGAAGGUCACAACAAGCUGGUGGAGCUGCUCAGGAACCACAUCGUCCUGUCCACCGCGCUGGAGGUCAGUAACGUGGUGUCGAGCCCCAGAGUUGUGACGAUGGCCAAUCAGGUUGUGAUGAUCAACGUGACAGAACAUGGUCAGAUUUUGGUGAAUGGAGCAGCCGUGCUGGAGGCAGCAGUGGAGGCUAAAAAUGGACGUCUUUAUGUCGUGGAUGGAGUUUUGACUCCACCCUCCAUUGAACCUGUGCUGCCCCACAGGUGUGACACCACUGAGAGCAAAAUCAUCAAGGGCGAGUGUGUCAGCUGCUCAAAAGUCAAAGUGACUCAGUGCUCGUCUGGAGUUUAUACGGGCUCGUCCACCUUCGGAUGUGCUUAUUCUCUGUCCAUCGGCAGAUCAGCUGUUCGCAUCCCGGCAACAGGCUGCUUUCCUCUGUGCAACACGACUGUCGUGACUCCAGCAUGUUGUAAAGGUUUCUACGGUCCGGACUGCAGACCCUGUCCGGGUGGAUACCAGACGCCGUGCUCUGGACGUGGUCAGUGUCUGGACGGGAUUGGAGGAAACGGAUCAUGUGUCUGUGAUUCAAACUUCAGAGGCUCUCGCUGUCAGUACUGCUCUGCCUCCAAAAAAUACGGUCCAAACUGUGACAGAACCUGUCCCUGUAUCCACGGACAGUGUGAUAACCGUCCAGACUCGGACGGAAGGUGCAAACUGGACUCCUGUCUGCCGGGUUUCACUGGUCGGUUCUGCGAUCGCAGGACGGCAGCCUGUGGGGUUCAGGCUCAGUUCUGUCACGCCCACGCAGAGUGCGACUUCAGCCAGGCAACCACCAGGUGUGUGUGUAAACCUGGUUACCAAGGCGACGGCAUCACCUGUGUGGAGUCGGACCCCUGUGCUCCACCUCGCCGAGGGGGCUGCAGCCCAAACGCCAAAUGUAUAAAGACAGCACCAGGGUCUCACUCCUGUCAGUGUCUGACAGGAUGGAGGGAGGACGGAGACGAGUGUCAGCCAAUCAACAACUGUAAUGGUCCUGACAGAGGAGGCUGCCACUCCAACGCCACCUGCAUCUACAUCGGACCCGGGCAGAGCGACUGCUCAUGUAAAGCUGGCUACAAAGGAAACGGGCGAGACUGUGAAGCCGUUAAUCAGUGUGUGACUGCAAACGGAGGCUGUCACUACUUUGCCAGCUGCCGCCUGCUGUCCUCUCAGUGGACAUGUGUGUGUGAUGACGGAUACGUGGGAAACGGACAAAUAUGUUAUGGGACGGUGGAGCAGGAGCUGAUGGUUCUGCCAGACACCUCCGAGUUCUCCGCAUGGACGACCGAGUCUGGUCUGUCCUGGUCUCUGUCAGAUCAAAACAUCACCCUCCUGGUUCCGUCUUCAGCUGCCAUCUCUAAAAUGUCUUCAGAGGACAAAAGUUUCUGGACCAUGAAGGGAAACCUGCCAAGUCUCAUCAGAAAUCACAUGAUCCCUGGUCACCAUCCAGUAUCCAGCCUGAGCAACAUUUCUUCUCUGACUUCCCUUCUCAAGACAACACUUCCUGUUUCAGUGACUAAUGAAGUGAGUCCCCAGCUCCCAGCUGUGGGUGGAGCGGCCAUCACCACACCGAAUGUAGCUGCUACCAACGGGCUGAUCCACAUCAUCGAUACGGUUUUGGUUCCAGACAGGAAGCUGAGUGAAGGUCUGCUGGCAAUUCUUGCUCUGCAGCCUGACUUCUCUCUAUUCAGAUCCUAUCUCAUCGAUUAUAACCUGACGGACGAGGUCGAACAGAUGGACGGGUUCACCGUCUUUGCUCCAACAGACGCCGCCAUCACGGAUUACCUCAAGAAAAUGGCUGCAGCUGCCCUGGAUGUGAAUACAACUCGAUACCACGUGGUGGCGUCAGAGCGUCUGCUGAAGACCGACCUCCAGCUCGGAGGAUACAAACAAACGCUGCUCGGAUUCUCCUUCCAGCUCGGCAUCUUCCCCCGUGCCGGAAAGCUGUUUGUAAACGACGCUCAGAUCAACUCCUCCAACAUCUUGAGCGGUAAAGGAGUGAUUCACGGACUGUCGGCUGUCCUGCACAUCAACAGGAACCGCUGUGAUGAGGCCCGAUACCAGAAAGUCAUGGGAACCUGUGUGGACUGUUUGUUCCCACAGAGUAAAAUCUGUCCCAACAACACGGUCCCAGAUAAGUCAGCGAAGAGGAGGAAAUGCAUGUUCACUCGGAUGUUUGAAGAAGAGCGACUCCUGACCAUCGGCUGCAGGGCCACCUGCCUCCAGGAGGACAUCGUGUUGAAGUGCUGUGGAGGGUUUUUCGGGGAGCGCUGUGAGCCGUGUCCUGGUCCGAAGGGUCAGCCCUGCUUCGGAAACGGAAACUGUUUGGACGGGACUAACGGGACCGGAGUCUGUCGGUGUAACAGAGGCUUCAAUGGGACAGCCUGUGAAACAUGCGAGAGCGGCAAAUAUGGAGUCCACUGUGAUCAGGAGUGUGGCUGUAGAAAUGGCCGCUGCAGUGAGGGGUUAAAGGGCGACGGGACGUGUGAGUGUGAAGUCGGCUGGAGAGGAAUCCUGUGUGACGAAAAAAUUGAAUCCAAAUCUGAUGAACUGUGUGGCUCAUUGAAAUGUCACACCAGUGCAAACUGUGUGAUCAGACCGUCCGGCCCUCAGUGUCUCUGUGCUGCAGGAUUUGAAGGAAACGGAACUUUCUGUCAAGCUGUAGACCCGUGUGUGAAGGCUAAUGGAGGCUGCAGUCUGUAUGCAGUGUGUAAGAGGACUCGACCCGGCAGAAGGGUCUGUGUUUGUAACAGCGGUUACGCUGGCGAUGGACUCGUGUGUGUUGAAAUAAAUCCCUGUCUGGAAGGAAACGGGGGGUGCCACACCAACGCAGACUGUGUUCACGUUGGACCGAACGAAACUUCCUGUGUCUGCAGUGAAGGUUACUCAGGUGAUGGACAGAACUGCAAGAUGAUCAACUUGUGUAGAAAGAAAAACGGCGGUUGUCACGACUACGCCAGGUGUAACAUGACGGGUCCAGGCAUUCGUACCUGCACGUGUAACCGUAACUACAUUGGAGACGGUGUCACCUGUAAAGGCACCGUGGGGAAGGAACUCUUGAAGAGGAAGCUGAGAGACUUCUACUUCGGUCUGAUGGUGGUGGAAAUUUCUCUGAUGGGUCGUGGGCCGUUCACUGUCUUUGCUCCCACUCCUGACGCCUUUGCAGCAGAAAGAAACGGAAAGAUGAAAUCAUUGAUGUCAGAUAAACAUAAAGAACUAUUUGCUGAGAUUAUGCGUAGCCACGUCGUCAUGUGUCACACCCUGCUGUCAGCUGACCUGAGCCGACCCCGAAACCUGACAUCUCUAUCGGGACUCGUCCUGACCACUGGGUUCAGCCAGGGCAACAUCUUAAUCAAUCAGGCUAACGUGACGUACAGUGACGGCAUCAGCGUCAAUGGGAUCUUCCACGAGAUUGACAAGGUUCUGUUUCCUCGUGACAUCGACUCAAACAAAGAGCCAGUUGUUCCUCUGAACCUGACUGAUGUGGCUGAACGUCACGGUUAUAAAACCUUCUACAAACUGCUUGAGCACACAGGUGUGAUGGACCUGGUCAACGAUGGGCUGCACCAGCCAGUGACCAUCUUUUUGCCCUCAGAUGAUGUCAUGGCAUCUCUGCCGCAGGAGCAGAAGGACUUCCUGUUCCACCGAGACAACCGACCACAGCUGGUGGAGUACCUGAAGUACCACAUCCUGCAGGCCCAGAAGGUUUACGCUGAAAAUUUGAUCCAUCUGGACUCUGCUCGGACCAUGCAGGGUUCACCACUCUCAUUCAGCUGUGGAGGCAUGGAUGACAUUGGAGAAAUCUUUGUAAAUGAUGGAAAGUGUCGGGUUGUUCAGAGACACCUCAUAUUUAAAGGUGGGAUGGCCUACGGGAUCGACUGCCUGCUGACUCCACCCAGCCUCGGAGGACGCUGUGAUCAACACACAACCUUUGACCUUCAAAUGAGCUGUGGACUGUGCACCCUGUCAACUACUCGCUGUCCCAAAGGGUCCAAAACAAAGGAGGUACAAAAGUGUGAUCUUCCCACCAUGUUUGUCUCUAAAAACACCGGCUGUCGCAGCACCUGCACAGUCAACGUCUGGCAGCCAAAGUGUUGUCAUGGUUACUAUGGACGAGACUGUCUGGUCUGUCCUGGGGGGAUUGGCUCUCCCUGCAGUAAUCGUGGCCAAUGUGACGAUGGUCACCUUGGUAACGGUACCUGCACCUGUGAUGUGGGUUUUGGGGGCGUGGCCUGUGAACUGUGCAGUGAGGGUUUCUAUGGUCACACCUGUAAAGCCUGUAACUGCUCUGAACACGGGUCAUGUGACGCUGGACGUAAAGGUACAGGUUCAUGUUUCUGUGAGGCCGGCUGGACUGGAGAACACUGUGAGGCCCCGCAAGCUGAAGUCUUUCAGUGUUCUCCACCCUGUUCUCUAAAAGCCGUCUGCCAGGAAAACAACACCUGUGUGUGUCGGCCAUUUUUCGAAGGAGACGGAUUCACCUGUACAGCUGUGGACAUGUGUCAGUUCUGGAAUGGUGGUUGUGCUAAAGGAGCUACAUGUUCUCAGAAAGGAGAAAAGGUGAGCUGCACCUGUCCUAAAGGUCACACUGGUGAUGGCUUCACCUGUCAGCCCAUCGACCCAUGUGUCUCCGGGGACAGCGGGGGCUGCCAUGAACACGCCAUCUGCACCAUGACGGCUCCGGGGAAGAGGAAGUGCAGCUGUAAGGACAACUACAUAGGAGACGGACUCACCUGCGAGCUCAAACAGCUGCCAACUAGCCGCUGUCUCCAAGAUAAUGGACGAUGUCAUCAAGACGCUAAGUGUACCGACCUCCACUUUGAAGAUGCGAAGCUCGGUGUCUUUCACUACCGUUCAGAGAAAGGACAGUACAAAAUGAACUACGCUGCAGCUCAGCAGGCCUGCACUGCACAGGGAGGCAGCUUGGCUACAUACAAUCAGCUGUCCUAUGCUCAGCAGGGCGGGAUGAACAUGUGUUCUGCGGGCUGGUUGGACCAGGCCCGGGUGGCAUACCCCACCACCUAUGCCAACCCCCUCUGUGGCUUUGGACACGUGGGCAUUGUGGACUAUGGCAUCCGCAAAAACCUGAGUGAGACCUGGGACACUUUUUGCUACCGAAUGAAGGAGGUGAAGUGUGAGUGCAAGCCUGGUUAUGUUGGAGACGGUUUCAUCUGUACUGGGACCCUGCUGCAGGUCCUUGAAUCCACACCAACCUUCUCCAACUUCCUCACACAAAUCUUGAACUACUCUCAGGUAUCUGAGUCCGGGAAGCACUUCUUGAAGCAUCUCAGUAACCUGACGGUCCAGUCAACGCUGUUCGUUCCCAACAACAACGGCCUACCUGACAAUCAGACUCUGUCUCAGCGGGACAUCGAGUUCCACCUGUCGGAGGGUCAGGCUCUUCCUGUCAGCCAGCUGAAGAAUGGCAGCAGGAUCAGAACUCGUGUCGGCAGCCUGACUGUCCUUGGAGUCCCUGACCUGCUCAACCCCUCAGCUCUGUCGUCCUGUUACAUCAACAACCGCUUUGUCACUGACUCAGACAUCCUGGCAUCAAACGGGAUCAUACAUGUUCUCCAGGGACCACUGAAAGCCCCGCCUCCUCGCCAAAAGAUGCACGUGGCCCAUAAGGCAGGGAUGGGAGUCGGUGUGGUGCUGCUGACAGUCCUGGUGGCUGGAGUUGUCUUUGUUGGAUACCACUUCUACAGCCACAACACAAAACCCUUCCAGUUCCACUACUUCAAGGAGGACGAAGGCGAGGAGGAAGCUCCACCCGCAGACUGCAGUCGCAGCAUCUGUAACCCGGUUUACGAAGCCGCUCCAGAAGAUGCCGAGUCGAACAUCUCUGAUGUUACGGACAAACACGACGUGGUGAACGGAGGCUCGUACGACCUCCUGCAGGACAGCUGAGAGGGAAGCUGCUGAUGCUGCUCACUGCUGGACUGGAACAAACUGCUUCUAUACCUCUGAGGACUGACAGUCCUCCAACCUGCCUCAAACAGUGUUUUAUCAUGGACUUAAGCACUGUGUUUAUUUCUUAUUGACAAAUCUUUGACAGCAGUGAUCUCAGGUUUGUCUAGUGCAGAAAUGAACUGCUUCCUAAACGAGACAUUUGAAGCCUCCUCAGUUCUCGGCUGCCUGCCACUUCAGGAAAAAAAAAAAAAAAAAAAAAAAAAUCAACACUAAUGAUGUG